CAACUCCACGCCUGUUGACUGACUGUUCAGCUUCGCGACCCAUUCCCACCACAACCACGCGACACAUGACUGUUUGUCCUCGAAGACUCAUUUCGCUCUUUCCACCGUAAAACUGUAGAUGGCAUGUGGCUAAAUCGCUAUUCCCAACACCCUUCGCCGUCGUCUUCGCCCGCACCGCAACGUAGACCAAGUCAUCUGGCCCCGAGCCCCCUUCCCCACAGGCCUGGCAUCGCAAGUCGCUCGUCGUCUCUGUCCAUUCUCACCAAUGGAUCCACCGAUAGUCUGCCUGCCGCCGCAAGAUAUCCGCCUGCGCCUUCGAAUCUGAGGAACCAGCUGGAUGCUUCUCCGAUCGACAAUGUCUCACAUCCACUCGACGUAUUGCGCGACAUCCUAGGUCCCAUACAGCCCGAACCCGUACCCUCAGAUACGUCCGAUCAACGUGGCACAAACAUCGACUUUGGCGAGCUGAGUUUGCAAGAGUUUGCCGAUGCUCCUCCAUCUUCGGACCAACCUUCCGAACAGCCGUCUGUCGAAGAAUUCGAAAAGGAGAAAGGCAAGUUCGAGGAUUUACACAAGUCCAUUGUCGCCUGUGACGAAGUCCUCAAGUCUGUAGAGAAUUACCUCACCAGCUUUCAGGCUGAUCUCGCCGCCGUCUCCGCCGAGAUUGAGACUCUCCAGAAUCGUUCGUCUGCCCUCAACACCAAACUUGAAACGCGCAAGCAAGUGGAGAAGCUCCUGGCCCCAGAAGUCGAUGCCUUGACCAUUUCACCAGCCAUUGUACGAAAGAUUUCAGAUGGCCCUAUCGACGACUCAUGGAUCAAAGCCUUGGAAGAUUUGGAGAAACGCUCCAAGACCAUUGACUCGAAGGCCCCACGUUCUAAAAGCGCUGCGGAUCUGAAACCACUGAUAGACAGUCUCAAGAACAAGGUUGUUGAGCGUACCCGUGACUAUGUUGUAUCCCAAAUCAAAGCACUACGCGCCCCUGGUGUCAACGCACAACUCCUACAACAGAACAACUUUAUGAGAUACAAGGAUGCUUUCCAGUUCCUGGACCGACAUCAACCUCAGCUGGGCCAAGAAAUUGGCCGUGCCUAUAUCAACACUAUGCGCUGGUUUUACUUGCAUAAUUUCUCACGUUACAAAGCAUCGUUGGAAAGGAUGAACAUUCAUGUUAUCGACAAAACCGAGGUUCUAGCUCAGGACGAUGCUACGAAGCGUUCCACUGUAGUCUCUGGUUCAAAGACGCAGGCCGCACCUCACGAUGCAUUUUCGCUCGGACGACGCAUGGACAUGCUCAAAGGCAGUUUCAAGUCAGCACUCUCUUCCCACAUCGCGGAGGAAGACAAGUCGGCGCAUUAUCUGGAAGCCCCUUUCAGGGCAUUUAACCUGGCGCUGAUGGACAACGCAUCUGCCGAGUACUCUUUCCUUACCGAGUUUUUCUCCAAGCAGUCCUACCAUGAAGUGAAUCGCAAGUUCGCCGAGAUAUUCCAGCCAACCUUUGCUCUUGGCCAGGCCUUGACGAAACAGUUGAUCGACCCGACCGUGGAUGCGCUGGGCCUGUUGAUCACCGUCCGUUUGAAUCAGCAUUUUGCCUUUGAACUGCAACGGAGGAAGGUGCCCGCCAUGGAAGGCUACGUUAAUGGCACCAACAUGCUUUUGUGGCCACGUUUCCAAAUGGUCAUGGAUACUCAUUGUGAAUCUCUUCGCAAAGCCACUUCAUCGCUUUCAGGACGGCCAGCAGGCUCAGCACUCAUUUUGACGUCGUCAUCCGCACCACAGUCGAUUGCACCUCACCACAUAACUCAAAGAUUUGCCAAUUUCACUCAAGGUAUAUUGGCCUUGAGUAGCGAAGCCGGAGAUGACGAGCCAGUCCACAAUAGUCUGGGAAGAUUGCGUAAUGAUUUCGAAGCGUUCUUGACGAAGCUCAGCAAGGGGUUUGCAGAACAAAAGAAGAGGGAGCGUUUCCUCGCAAACAACUACUCGUUGGUCGGCACGAUCAUCGCGGAAACAGAAGGGAAGAUGGCCGAGGAGCUGAAAGCACACUUUGCUGAGAAAGCAGAAGAGUUUGGAGGUCGUUAGUGACGGAGGGAUUGGAAAAUGUCGAUGCAGCAUACCCUCCGAUGUGUUUGGCCACUGGUCUAUACUCGAGUAGAUGAAUUUUGGAAGUCUAUCAGCAGCAAGUCUGUAAUCCAACCCCACAUGGUUGAUUUGCUGUAAGAAAUGUAGACUGUCAUGGGAUCAAUUGCUGUGCAUGUACUCGUGAUGCUAGACUCCACAGCAUUUUACUUGACUGCUUUCAGCUGCCGCAAUACAGAAUGUCACCUCAGAGGUGUCAAUGAUCAAUGAGAGAGUAAGGCCGAGCGCUCUCAGUGGCCAUAGAGGCAAUGUUUUGUGCAAGUUGUGACGGGCCUUCCUCCAUGUGUGCUAAAUUGUGUCACUUCUAGCCAUUUUCCACGGCCA